AUGGCUGAUUUUUCAAUUGAAAAUGUGUGUUAGGCAAUCCAUGCAUUAAACAAAGGUUAAGUCGAUAAAGCUGAUCCAUUCUUGAGAACCUUCUCAUAAUCUAACGAGGCUUGGAGAAUUUGCAUUCAAAUUUUAUUGUCAAAUCCAGAUUCUUCAUUGGUUUUUUAAUUGUUACGCAUUCUUAAGUCAAAAAUCCUUUAUGACUUCAGUAUUUUUUAUUUAAUUUACAUCCUAGUUUCCCUCAAUCCAUAGGAGAUUCAACAGAUUUAUUAAAACUGCAUUUAAAUCAUUCUCCAUUACAGUGUAUAAAAUUAAAAAUCUACUAGAAUAUAAUGUGUACUCAUGUUUAUCUAUUUAUACUUAUACACUUAUACUCCAUAAACUAAACCUAUUUUAGAGUACAAAAUCUAUUUAAAAUUAGAGUGAUUUCUUAAAUAGUGGAUUGCCAAAUCAAUAGUUUGCAUUAGAAUUUUUUAUUUGACAUUAUCGAAAACUUUCCAGAGGAACUCAUUUCAAAUAAAAAGAUUAUUAUUGAUGAAGAGAAAAGAAAAUAUAUUGCUGAAGACAUUAAAAAUAAAUAAAUGUUAGACAUUAUACAAUUUUUACAGUAAAGAUGGAAUAAUCCAACAAAUUAAAGUACCAGAUUCUAUGUAUUACGUGCUUAUAGAAAAUGGUUGGAAUUUAUGAAAAAUUAUAUAAAUGAAGAUGAAGUAUAUCUUUAUGUAAAUAUUAAAGGCUUUACAAUUCAUGCAAUUAAUAACUCAAACUCCUUUAUUUAAAGGAGCAUUAGACUCAAUAAUUAUUGAAGAAUUAUAAAGUAAAGCUGUUAAUGUUAUAUGCACUUUUCUUGGAAUUAUUCCAAAAACCAUUGCAGAAUAAACUUCAUUAGAACCUCAAAUAUUAAAAAUCAUCUUUGAUGAAACUUAUAAAACGUUUGCAUUAUGUAAAAAGGCUCUAGAUGAAGAUCAAAAAGAUGAAAUAAAUAAUUUGAUAAGAUUAUAUUCAAAACUUGGAAAAAAGUUUAUUUACAAGAUAUUAUUAAAUGUAUAAUUAGAAGCAUUUAUAUCUAAUAUGCUUUGGAUAUUUAGUCAUGAAAAUUCUUUGAAUCAAAGCGAAUAUAUGACUGAUUUUUGGAUUAAAAUGAUUAAAACUAUUAGAAUUUUGAAUGAUAUGCAGUUAUAAAGUAAAUUUGCUUAGACUUUUGAAUAACUUAUAAAUGGAUGUAUUAAAAAGAGUAAAGUCAAUUUAACUUUAUUAUCUGAAUAUGGUAUAUCAUCUAAAAUUGAGGAUUAAUUUGAAUAGUUAUUAGAUCCAAGAACUGAUAUGAAAGAGAUUAUAGAGGAAUUAGCAACUAUAAUUUAACCUAAUUAAAUUCUACUGCAUUUAGGAUUGAUUUUAAAGUAGGAAUUCAUAACAAAAAUGAAUGAUGAUGGAUGGAUCACUUUUGAAGCAUGUAUUUAUUUAAUAACUGGAAUUGUUAAAUAAAUUACUCUUAAAAAUGAUUAAAUUGGAGUUUAAUAUUUGAUGGAAAUUAUUAAAUUAUAUUUAGAUGUUUAUUCAUAAUAAUCUUUAGCAAGUAAUAAUUUUAUUAUGAAGACUGGUAAAUAUUAAAAUUAUUAAUUUGAUAGUGUUUAAAUUCAUUUCUUAAAGUUGUGCUUAAUUAAUAUCUUCUAAUGAAUUGUUGCCAUUAUUAUUUAAUUUCAUUACAAUUGGAAUUCAUCAUAAUGUGGAAUCAGUACAAAAAAAAGCAACAAAAGCGUUUUAAUUAAUUUGUAAAUAAAACUAAAGUUUUGUUUUAAUGCAUUUAAAUUAAUUUUUUGAUUUAAUUGUAAAAUUGUAAUAAGUGUAUAAAUUAUAAGUAUUAUGUUAGUUAAAAUUAUGAUAAUUUAAUAAAAGGUGUUGCAAAUGCUAUAUGUUCAAGUAAGGAAACAAUGUAGAAUUAUUAUUUGAGAUUGUGUUCAAUUUUUGCCUAAAAUCUUCUUUAAUUACAAAAAUAAAUAGAAGAAUAGAUAUUGUAAAACAAGAAUAUGGAUUAAUUAGAAAAUAAUAUUGAUUAAUAUAGUAAAAAUAUAUCUUGUUUGGCAUAUGCAAAUAGUUAAAUUCCUAUUAAUGAAAAUGAAGAUUAUUAGGAGAUAAGAGUUUUGAUAGUAAAUGUUUAUAAAGAAUUAUGGCCGAUGUUGAAAUUCGGUAUGGAAAGAAUAGUAGUUUAUGAACCAAAUAUAGCUGAAAAGAUUGUUAGAUACACAAAACAUACAUUUAGAAAAGCCUUUAAUUAAUUUUCAGUGGAUUUAUUGACUUAAGUAUUUUAAUGUUUUUUAAAUGUUUAUCGAUAAAUGCCAAUAACAGCAUGUAUAUACAUAGCAGAAGUAUCAGCUACUGUAUUUUAUAAAUAUCCUGAAUAUAGAAAUAUUCUAUUAGAGGCAUUUGAAAGUCUAUGUAAUAUAACUUUCUAACAUUUGCCUCAAUUAUCAAGUUUUGAAGAGAAUCCUGAUUUAACAGAAGAUUUAUUUGGAAUGUUAGUUAGAUAUGGUCGAUACACACCUGUUUUACUGAUGUAAAGUUCUGCUUUAUAAACAAUCUUAUAACUUACAUUGAUGGCAAUAGGAUUAGAACAUGUAGGUGCUGCAAAAACAUUUUAUUCUUGGUUGGAAGUUGCAUUGAAAAUACUUAAGCCUUAAGAUGAAACAUUCAAGACUUAAAUACCAUAAGAAUAUAAGGAUAGUAAUAAUUUUAAGUAGAAUUAGAAUUUAAAUAAAUAUUUAUGCCUUUUGUACCUCAAUAUACUGUGAAAUUAUUUGAGGCUUUAAGAAGGGGAGCUGCAGAUGAAGAGGUAGAUGAUUAAAUUUAAGAUUGUAUACUUGAAUUGUCCUAGUUAUAGUUUAUUGAUUAUAGGAAAUUGUUAGAAAAUGUAUUUGAAGAAGGACCUUAAAAUAUUUUGACUAUAUCUGAGAAGAAGAAUUGGCUAGAGUAGAAUAAAGAUUGUGAGAUUUAAAAACAUUAUUUGAGAUUGUAUUCAAGAAGAUGUAUACAAAAUACACUUAGGGGAUGA